AUGAGCGGUCCGGGACGUGACAUCAGCCAUGUGGUUCUACUCGUGUCUGCGUCCGCAUGCGCAUUCCCAUUGAUCGCUACUAAGGUCCCUCGCCUGCGUGUGCCGCCUCGCUUCCUCUUCUUCGUCCGCCAUUUCGGUACCGGCGUUCUCUUGGCCACCGCCUUUGCUCACUUGUUCCCAACCGCGUUUGUAAACCUCACAGACCCAUGUCUCGGCAGCUUCUGGACCGACGACUACCCGGCCCUUGCUGGCGUCAUCGCCCUAGCGGCAGUCUUUGCCGUAGCCACCAUCGAGCAGGUCUUCAGCCCGGGCAGACACUGCAUGACUGUUUCAGCCACCGAACACGGCUCCGCUGUCUCGCUGGAAGCUAUGCGAGAGACGCCGCGAGAGACAGCUUCACCCAACCCACCAAGCCUCACCCGCUCCGAGACCGAGCCGGCACGACCGGGGCCACUCUACGGCCGUACCAAAUUCGGCCGCAGUGACAGCACCGGUCAGCACCUCGCCCGAAUGACUACGCAAUCCGCCCAACUCGACAGAAUCGAGCGGCAAGCCCCAGCGCCAGACCUCUCUCCCAUCGAAGACGACGACAACAACGAUAACAUCACCCACCGCAAACCCCCAACCAUCAACCCUGACCUCCCCGAAAAGACACAACAGCCCAGCAAACUCCCAGACCCUGAAGCCCAAGACGCCGACCCCGAAAUCACGCCGGACCAAAAGCGCCAAAAGCUGCUCCUGCAAUGCAUCCUCCUCGAAGUCGGCAUCCUCUUCCACAGCGUCUUCAUCGGCAUGGCCCUCGCCGUCGCGACGGGCAACGACUUCAUCGUCCUCCUGCUAGCCAUCAUCUUCCACCAAACCUUUGAGGGGUUGGCCUUGGGGUCGCGCAUCGCCGCCGUCGGCUGGUCACGCAGCCGCGACGGCGUUCAGGGGUGGCGCCGCUACCAGCCCUGGCUGAUGGCGCUGGCGUACGGCUGCACGACCCCGCUGGGCCAGGCGCUCGGCAUCGCGACGCACACGCUCUAUGCUCCCGAGAGCCGCACGGGGUUGUUGAUGGUCGGGGUCAUGAAUGCCAUUAGCGCCGGGUUGUUGACGUAUACGAGCUUGAUUGACCUGUUGGCCGAGGACUUUUUGAGCGAUGAGAGUUGGAGGGCAAUGAAGGGACGCAAGAGGGUGGUGGCGGGGUUGGUGGUCGUGGCCGGGGCGGGUGCUAUGAGUCUGAUCGGGGCUUGGGCUUGA